AGCCCUGCCCCGCGGGCGGCCGGGGGCGCCGGGCUCCGCCGGGACUCGCCGCCGCCUCGGCCCGCUUCCAGCCUCUGGUUAAAUGGAAGCCACUCCUGGGAUCUGGAUGGUUUGUUCUGACGUAGACUUCGCAUAGCAGCUCCAUCGCGCCAGGAAGUUGCAAUGAGCGGAGGAGGGGAGCAGCCAGACAUCCUCAGUGUGGGAAUCUUGGUCAAAGAAAGAUGGAAGGUGUUGAGAAAAAUUGGAGGCGGAGGCUUUGGAGAAAUUUACGAUGCGCUGGACUUGCUCACCCGGGAAAACGUGGCGCUGAAGGUCGAGUCAGCCCAGCAGCCAAAGCAGGUUCUGAAAAUGGAAGUAGCUGUGUUGAAGAAAUUGCAAGGAAAAGAUCAUGUCUGUAGAUUCAUCGGAUGUGGAAGGAAUGACAGAUUUAACUAUGUGGUCAUGCAACUGCAGGGUCGGAACUUGGCAGACCUGCGUCGGAGCCAGUCUCGAGGAACAUUCACCAUCAGUACCACUCUGCGGCUUGGGAGGCAGAUUUUGGAAUCUAUUGAAAGCAUCCACUCAGUGGGGUUCCUACACAGAGACAUAAAGCCAUCCAACUUCGCCAUGGGACGUUUUCCUAGCACCUGCAGGAAGUGUUAUAUGCUGGAUUUUGGCUUGGCUCGGCAAUUUACCAACUCCUGUGGGGAUGUCAGACCACCACGAGCUGUUGCUGGUUUUCGAGGAACGGUACGGUAUGCAUCAAUCAAUGCUCACAGAAACAGAGAAAUGGGACGGCAUGAUGACCUCUGGUCCCUAUUUUACAUGUUGGUAGAGUUUGUGGUUGGACAACUGCCUUGGAGAAAAAUAAAAGAUAAGGAGCAAGUGGGAUCCAUUAAAGAAAGAUAUGAGCACAGGCUUAUGUUGAAACAUCUCCCUCAAGAAUUCAACAUCUUUCUGGAUCACAUUUCUAAUUUAGAUUACUUUACAAAACCUGAUUACCAGCUUCUCAUGUCUGUGUUUGACAACAGCAUGAAAACGUUUGGAGUUAUUGAAAGUGACCCUUUUGACUGGGAGAAGAGUGGAACUGAUGGCUCUCUGACAACAACAACAACUUCAACUACACCUCAGUUACACACUCGUCUUACUCCAGCUGCAAUUGGAAUUGCUAAUGCCACCCCCAUCCCAGGAGAUUUGCUGCGGGAAAACACAGAUGAAGUGUUUCCUGAUGAACAACUCAGUGAUGGAGAGAAUGGUAUUCCAGUUGGUGUCUCACCAGAGAAACUACCUGGGUCCCCUGGGCAUCAGCGUCCUCAGGAAAAAGAUGUCUGGGAAGAAAUGGAUGCAAACAGGAACAAAAUAAAACUAGGGAUCUGUAAGGCUGCUACAGAGGAGGAAAACAGCCAUGGGCCAGUGAAUGGGAUGCUUAAUGCACCGAGUCUCGGUUCUCCAAUUCGUGUCCGCUCAGAGACCACCCAGCUAGACAGAGAUGUCCCACUGGUGCGAAAGUUGCGUUCAAUUCACAGCUUUGAACUGGAGAAGCGUCUAACAUUGGAGUCAAAGCCAGACACUGAUAAAUUUCUUGAGACUUGUUUGGAGAAGAUGCAGAAAGACUUGAAUGCUGCAGCGGAGACUGCUGUUCCUGCUGUUCCUCCUCUUUCUCAGAAAAUACCUGUUCCUGCUCCGGUGACUGCCCGCAUGGACCAUGUUUGGCACUAUGAUGAAGAAUACCUUCCAGAUGCUUCAAAGCCUGUGUCAGCUAGUUCUCCAGAACAGGUUGAUGGUGGUGUUAGCAACGGAUUUGUAGCUGUCAACUUAAGCUCCUGCAGGCAGGAGGUUGAUUCUAAGGAAUGGGUGAUAAUAGAUAAGGAACGGGACUUGCAGGAUUUCAGGACAAAUGAGGCUUUAGGGCAUAAAAUGACCGGAAGUCCCUCAGAUGAAGAGCCUGAGGUGCUACAAGUUUUGGAGGAGUCCCCUCCAGAAGAGCAGCCCAGACAGGAUGGUUGGGCAGGAAACAGCAUCCAUACAAAGAACCAAACCUCAGGGGUGGAGUUAGUUCUAGCCAUGGAGAGUCAUCCAGCUGCUUCUGAUCGGCUUACCGAUAGAUUAGAACUUUUGGCCGGAGCUGCGGGACAGCUUCUUGCAGCCACCCCUACAAGUCCUGUGGAGGCUCAAGCAGAAGGAGCGCUCACUCCGCUCAACUCAUCUCAUAUGCUGCAUUUCUCCACUCCAAGAAUUUCAAGUCCCAUCCUCCGCACCAUGAGCCCUAUAGCCUAUCUGUCCAUCCACUCGGACCCUCUGAAAGAGGCUGGUUUCCCAAGGAGUCAGUCAGCUGAGAGCCACUCCUCCUCCUCCCGAUCAACUGGUCGUAGGCAACUUCCUGCCAUUCCCUGUGGCAACAGGUUUCCCCCUGUCAUUCGCAUCUCAAAAGCACAACUGCAGCAGAUAACAAUACCUAGACCUUCAGUGGCAUCCACACAGUCUGUGUCUGAGAGCUUUCAUUAUGGCCACCAGCUAGAGAAAAGAGACCGAGAUGCUCAGUCCAUGGAACACACUGUGGAACUUUCCUCUCCAAAGGAAAAUUUGCCAGGCUUGGUUGUGACAGAAGAUACACUUCCAACUAACACUAGCAGACCAGACUUGGUACUUCAUAUCAGCCAAGAGGUGCUUGAAAGGGAUAGACAUGUCAAAGAAUGUGUCAAACUCCUGGACUGUGGCCAAAAGGACCUGCCUGAACUACGUAGCAGGAAACAGGAAGAGAAAGAACUUGAAAACCUUCCUGUGGAAUCUGAGGAAGAAAGGCUUCCAGUGGUUUCUGAGGAUGCCAAUGAAAUGCUAAGCAAAGAACAAAAUUUUUCUUUGCCAGGAAACUCAAAAUCUGUGGAGGAAGAACUUCUAACUAAUACCGAAGCUGCUGAAAAAUCAAAGCCAAGGCAUCUCAACUUGGUGCCAAAUCAAGAUGAGCUUCUGAAGUCAAUAGCACCUGAAACACAAGAAGUUUCUCCCUCAAAACUUACCAAUUCACAUGCUAAUAGACAGGCAAGCAAAAAGGCACCAGGUCAGGAGAAUGGUUUUCAUGUUAAUAAGGAAGAAGUCCAUAUCCAAGACUUGCAAAGCCACCAGGUGGCCCUUACUACUUUUUUGCAGCAGGAGGACAAAAAAGAGAACAAUGCUCCCAGAAAUGGAGAGUUAUUCCACUGCAUUUCAGAGAAUGAGAAUUCUCGUCGAUAUAAAAAGGACUUAGUUAAAUCUCCUUUUGUGUUCAGGCAGAGCCGAAUCCCAGUUUUAGCACAAGAGAUAGACUCAACGUCAGAGUCCUCUUCUCCUGUUUCAGCAAAGGAAAAGCUUCUUCUAAAAAAGGCCCAUCAGACAGACUUGGUCAGACUGCUCGUGGAAAAGAGACAGCUCAAAUCUUUCCUUGGUGACCUCUCAAGUGCCUCUGACAAGUCACUGGAGGAAAAAAUGGCAGCUGCUCCAGUACCAUUUUCCGAGGAUGAUGUCUUAUCCUCAUUUUCCAGGUUAACACUGGACUCUCAUUUCAGCAAGCAGACAGAGGAUAGUUCGGUAUCUCCAAGCAGCCCUCAGUCCAGAAAGAGCAAGAUUCCAAGGCCGGUAUCCUGGGCUACUGCCGAUCAAGUCACCAGUUCAAGCUCAGCUCAGUUCUUUCCUCGGCCCCCACCAGGAAAACCACCUACUAGGCCUGGGGUAGAAGCUAGGUUACGCAGAUACAGAGUCCUAGGGAGUAGCAGCUCGGACUCGGAUCUUAUCUCGCGUCUGGCUCAAAUCCUACAGAACGGAUCUCAAAGACCGAGGAGUUCUACUCAGUGUAAGAGUCCAGGAUCUCCACAUAGCCCCAAAACACCACCCAAAAGCCCUGUCAUUCCCCGACGCAGUCCCAGUGCCUCCCCUAGGAGCUCUUCCUUACCCCGUACUGCCAGUUCUUCUCCGUCCCGGCCUGGGAGACCCCAUCAUGAUCAGAGGAGUUCAUCCCCACAUCUUGGGAGGAGUAAGUCACCUCCUAGCCAUUCAGGCUCCUCAUCUUCUAGGAGAUCCUGCCAACAGGAGCAUUGCUGCAGCAAACCAAGCAAGAAUGGUCUGAAAGGAUCCAGCAGUUCCUUCCACCAUUCCCCAAGCACUAAAACUCCCACGGGAAAGAGCAAAUCAGCCAGUAAGCUUAGCAGAUAGGAACUGGGCCUUGACGGUUGUAAAGCCUCCUCUUAAAUCCGAUGCAUGUUGUGUCUGUGUACUGUGUAUUGAAAAAAAAAUCAAAAAAGUUAAAAAAAAAAAAAAAAGUGUUGAAUCUGCACUUUCAAAAGAAAGUAAACAUCAUAAACUACUCAUGACAAAACAUACUCUGUAAACGAGCGGCCAGGCAUUGCCUAACAGGCAGCAAGCAGAUCGGGGGAGGUGAGCUAAAGGCCAGGGAAAGAAUGGCUAGCUAGAUGAAGAGGUGCAAUGUAUGUAAACUUAAAAAUAUUUCUAAGGUGAGUGUUUUAAAAGGGUAUUUAUUUCUAUGCUUUUAGUUUGCCUAGCUAGAAGAUUUGGCCUAAUUAUUUAAGGCCUGUCUCAAGGAGAAUGUAAGAAAACCUGAAACCAUUAUUUCCAAAAUGACACCACCACUGGGGAGAUAAGUACCGUUCAGGCAAGUAUUUGUACUUUUAAAUAAGCACAUGACUUGGAAGAUGAUGGUAUUUCUACCUUAUGAGUCUCUUCCGUUUUGAGCUGCACACAUCUCUUUGAGUUGCUCAGUGAUCAUCUUGUCCCAUAUCUGCCACAGCACAGAAUUCCUUCCAUAAAGAAGUAUCGUAUACCUUGUCCCUUCUUGAGAGUGAUCACAUUUUAAGAAUGAACGUUAACACUUGUCAAGAUGUUUUUAUAGUGAAGUUCUGUAGAACAUUUCUUUAGUACUAAUUAGGAUCCAAGAAGCUAAUUCCUAGCUCCAUCUCUCAUAUUUCCUUGGAAGUCAUAGUGGGAUUCUUCAACCAGAGUUCUGUAGAAUUUGGAAAAAGAAAUCUCAUUUGGGAGAUGAGAGAAAGAAGAUGUCUGCACUCUGAACACUGAAGAUGUUGCAGAUUUACAAUCAAUUGCAAUGUAUGUUAGAAGUUAGAAACAGGAAACAGAAAGUAUCUGUUUUUCCUUACCCAACUGCAAAAAGAUCCCUUGUUACUGCUGGCUAUGGUGAUUCCAUUAGUUAUGAACCACUUGAGCCAUUGAUCUUUUUUAUAAUGUCAAUAUCUUGCUAUUAAACCCAAGCUAACAAGCUGAAAAGAGCAGAGACAAUUACUAGCUUGGUUUUGCUUUUUAUUCAUUUAUAUACACGUGGAAGAGGAAACAUGCCUGUGUUCUCAGAGAUAAGGAGAGUGCCUAAAUUAUGAACUUGGUAGGUUGUAGGUAAAAACAAUAUACUCAAACCCUUACAGAAUCUAGGUAAGCAUAUUAGUCAUUAACAUAAAAUACAUAGAAAGUCUGAGCUAUUUUUGAUGUUGGAUUCUUGUCAUUUUUUUGCCCAAAAGAUUCUUUGAUAGCUAAUAGUCAUUUGAUAGUCAUUCUUUUGCCCAAAGGAUUCUUUGAUUAUCUGUCAGUAAAGUCCAUAGUGUCCAAUUUUUCCAUCUUUUUUUAGUAGCUGCUUAAUAAACUCUUGUGCUGUACAGGACCUCUGUAGGGAACCCUUUAGCUAUAGCACCCUUUGCUAUAUUCAGAAGAGAAGAGGGGGUCAGAAUAGUAACGCACAAGAAUGCAAGCCUGAAGAAGAUGCAGCCAGCUCUCCCUAGUUCUACCUGUCCUGGGGAGGCUGCUUGUGUAGGAGCCUUCUCAGUUACUGAUCUGCUUGCUGUAGUCACAUGCCUCUCCAGCCAGCAUCCGUGCUUUUUUAUUUAACCUCUGCCAAAUGAAUACCUUUGAAUUAAAAAGGGAAUAUUUUGUCUCUGAGCUAACAUGUUUUAAUGCUGCAUUAAAGCUGCCCUGGAGCUGCACUGAAUUUCACUUGCUCUUUCAGACUAUGUGGAUUUUUUUUCUUACUAUGAAUAUGUAUAUUGCUCCCCAUACGUAAUGUAGCACAGUGUGGAACCUUAAUUUCAUUCAGGUUUCAAGCACUACAGAGGAAUGCAAUAGGUAGGAUAUAUUUUCUUUUUUUCUGAAGAAACUGUACCAUUGGAAAGUCCUAUUCCUUUGUAUUAUACUGUAUAAUAGGUGCUAUACCAAUAAUUG